AUGGCGGAAGGAGAGCCGCGCUGAGUUUCAUCCGAGUUUGUAGCACAGCUGUAGAACCACCGACAACAUCGUUCCUCUCCGUCGACACCUUUCGCGAUGGGGAACGAGGCGAGCAUGGAGGGGGAGGGACAGGCGGGACUGUCCGGCCCCGCCGUCCCCGCAGCGGCAGCGGCGACUCCGGCUUCCAUUUCAGCACCACCGGACUCUGGACAGCUCAUCAAGCCGAGCAAUGGAGCGCCCGCCGGAGGAAGCGCUGGUGCUGCACCCGGGCCGGGGAUUAACAGACCACCAUUGUCAGACCCAGGACCUAAAACAGGAGCCCAGAGUGGUCACGGGACAGGAGACAGGUUAGCCUCCCAUGACACACCACAGCACGCCACACCACAGGGAGAGCAGGGCCAGGGUCACGUGGCCAGGCGGAGUCUGCAGGUGGACGUGGGAAGCAGCCGGACUGGGAGGUCCCCUUCCGUGUCCCCUGACCGAGGCAGUGUCCCCACCUCUCCGUACUCUGUGCCUCAGAUUGCGCCCAUGCCCAGCAGCAAACUCUGCCCCGUCUGCAAAACCACCGACCUGAUGGGCACUGGGGACGACAAGCCCAGCUUCAACACCUGCACACAGUGUCGCUUCAUGGUGUGCAACCAGUGUGGCUUCAACCCCAACCCGCACCUCACUGAGGUGCAAGAGUGGCUAUGUCUGAACUGUCAGAUGCAGAGGGCGUUAGGGAUGGAUAUGACCACACCACGCUCCAAAAGUCAGCAACAGAUACACUCUCCUUCUCAUGCAGCCAAACCAGAACUCAAACCUGAUGCUUCGAGUCAACCUACACCCCCAACACAGACUUCUCCUCAGUUACAGCCUCCGGCAGCACAGUCUCAUCCAGUUCCUGGUCCUCCCAAACAGACUGGUCCCGCUGGCCCAGGUCAGCAACAAGCUAAGUUUCCCCCAGGAGCAGUCCCUCUCCCUGGCAUGGCCAAGGCCCCAUCCCAGCCUGAUCUAUCACGUAACUCUCCUGCCCACCAACCCCAGCAAUCCCGGCAGGACCACACUCGCAGUGCGGGGAGUUCCCCUUCACGACAGCCCCCGCCUCCAGAACAGACAUUUGGGAAGUUGUUUGGCUUUGGUGCAUCCCUCCUUAACCAAGCCAGCACUCUCAUAUCUGAGACUACUCAGCCCCAACAACAGCCCCCCAGACCAUCCCCCAAAGCAGGAGGUCACCCAGGUCCUGGACCUGGGGCAAGUAAACCCUCAGGACCCCAGCCUGGCCAACAAGGGCCUCGGGCACCUGCUAAGCAGCAACAACAGCAAGCUCCUCCAGAACCAUCAAAGCCCAAAGCUUGUUGUCCUCUCUGUAAGACAAACCUCAACAUAGGCAACACAGCGGAACCACCAAACUACAACACCUGCACACAGUGCCAUGCCCAAGUGUGCAACAUGUGUGGAUUCAAUCCCACUCCACAUAUAGUUGAGAGAAAGGAAUGGCUGUGCUUGAAUUGCCAGACGCAGAGGGCUCUGUCAGGAAGCUUGGGAGAUAUUCCACCUCCUGCCGCACAGCCCGCGGGAUCCCCACGAUCACCUGCAACAGCCAAUCUACAACCAACUCAGCAGAAAGGGCUCAAUCAACUUUCAGGGCCUAGUCCUGCAAGUCCGCAACAACAGCAGAAACCAGCGGGUCCCCAAGUAAGUGGCCCCCUCUCUUCUGUGAAACAGGCAGGGCCUGCCCCUCAAACCAAGGGGCUUAUCCAAGCUUCCCAUCAAAAUAAAGGUUCUACCCAACCUGCUCCUCAACACAAAAGCUCAACUGUGUCACCUUCCCAAACUAAGGGUCCAACUCAAACCACAGCUCAGAGUAAGGGUCCUCAAAUGAAGGGUCCUAAUCAGUCACAUACUCAAAGUAAAGGAUCUGUUCAGUCUGCUAACCAAGUGAAGGGCCCAAGCCAGGCUAAAGGGCAGAGUCAUAUAAAGGGAUCUACUCAGCCUUCUGCUCAGGCUAAGGGUCCUUCACAUCCUUCUAGUGCCAGGGCUUCAUCCACCGCUGGUAAAGCUGCACCCAGCCAUGCCAAGGCGUCCCCCACCCCUACAAAAACUGCACCUAUUCAGUCUAAACCCACAGGUAACAACCAGACCCGCAAACAGCCACAGACCCAGGAGAAGACUAAAGUUGCAUCAAAAGCUCAAAAGGAAGACAUCAAGGCCUCACAGAAGAAGGUAUUGUCAGAGACGGCCACUUCACCCAAAGACAUGAAGAUAGUUGAAGAUGCAAAGAAGUCAAGACACCAUGAAGAUUCCAAUAAAUCAAGUACACAGAGUUUAAGUGACACUGGAUACUCUUCAGAUGGGAUCUCAAGUUCUCUUGGGGAAAUUACAGGCCAGAUCCGAGAGGAAGGAAUCAAACUGAGUGAAAGAGGUGCUUCCAUUCCUUCAGAAAUCACCAAGCUGGAGAGCUCAAUGAGGCCUCUUUUGGAGUCAAAAACUGCCUCGGAUCAUAAGCACAGGCCACAUUCAUUGUCAGUUGGACAAGACCGGGAAUACAGUCCUGAGGAUGAUGCAGCAAGGGAUGAAUCAGAAGACGACCUCAGCUGUAAGCUUCGCCAUGAUUAUGUGGAGGACAGCAGUGAAAGUGGUCUCUCACCUUUGCCAAUAAGACAAAAGAAGUCACAUAAGGAUUUAGCUGAUGAAGACUUCAUGAGGAAACAAAUUAUGGAAAUGAGUGCUGAUGAAGAAGAGUUGGAGGAAUAUGGAAACCAGAAAACUAAAAAGGGGCAUAAAACCAGUGGAGAUGCAAACAAAGAGAGACGACGACUCUCUCACCAUUCCAAUAGUUUUGAGGAUGACACCAAGGUAUCAGACGGUGCAUAUAAAGCAACUGAAGAGGAAGAUGUUGUGAUGGCUGGAGGCCUUAGACGCUUUAAGACCAUUGAGCUGAAUAAUACUAACAGCUAUAAUCGAGACAUAGAGCUUAGUACUGAUCAUGACCUAAGAGAGCCAGAGCUAGAGAUGGAAAGUCUGACUGGUUCUCCAGAGGAGCGGUCCAAAGGGGAAUAUUCAUCCACUAUGCCUGCUACCACUCCCAGCUACACUUCUGGAACUUCCCCCACAUCAGUAUCAUCCAUGGAGGAUGACAGUGACAGCAGCCCUAGCCGUAGGGCCAGACUAGAAGAGGCAAAGCAACAAAGAAAGGCUCGACAUCGUUCCCAUGGGCCACUGCUGCCAACUAUAGAAGACUCAUCUGAGGAGGAUGAGCUCAGAGAAGAGGAAGAAUUACUGCGAGAACAAGAACAGAUGAGAGAUCUGGAGCAACAGAGGAUACGAAGUACUGCUCGAAAAACAAAAAGGGAUAAAGAGGAGCUACGGGCACAGAGACGCAGGGAAAGAUCCAAAACUCCCCCCAGUAAUCUCUCACCUAUUGAGGAUGCAUCUCCAACAGAAGAGCUAAGACAGGCUGCAGAGAUGGAGGAGCUUCACAGAUCAUCAUGUUCUGAAUACUCACCUUCUGUGGACUCUGAGGCAGAGGGCUUUGAAAUGAUUGGUGGAAAGCUUUACAAAUCAGGGAAUGAAUUUAACCUUCCAACCUUCACAUCACUCUACUCACCUACAGAAAAGUCAACAGCAGUGUCACCAUCUGAUAAAACACUAAAAAGUGCAGAGGAGGUCUAUGAGGAGAUGAUGAAGAAAGCACAGCUUAUGCAGAGGCAAGGACAUACAGUUAAUCAGCCGAAAGGCGCUUCACAGCCUGACAGUAAACAUCAUCUUGAAACUGGAACUGCCCUCACACCUGGCUCAAGCCCAACACAGGUUUCUGCACCUUUGUCUUUCUCCACAACAGGAUGUGAUCCAAGAAUCCCAGGAAUUCAUGCAGCACAGCAUCUAUCAAAGGAAACACAGAAUAGGAUGAUGACACAGAGUGCCAAAAUUGAAGGUGUGGUUGGAGUUGCCACAUCAAAAUCAGUCAAUCAGACUGCCACAACUAGACAGGCUGGUAGCACUGUGUCUGCCAGCAGCAGAGCAAGCACUCAGAGGCCAGCACAGGCAUCACCUGAACCUGGGGCAUCUUCUCUAACCUCCAAGGUCUUUUCCCUUUUCAAAGGUCCCAGCCCACCAGUUUCUCCCACCACUUCCCCAGCACAAAGCCCUACGCAUAUGCCAUCUGUACGACCACCUGGUGGUAGCGGUAGGCAGCUGCCACCCUUACCCAGUGGUUCCACAUCAGCUACAACAUCCCAUGGAGGUCAGGUACCCCAAAGGGCAAUUUCACCACGCCUUGCUCGACAGCAUUCCUCUCAAGAUUCACCAGUGAUGGUAAUAACACUAGGCUCUGAAAAAACUAGUCCUGCUAAGCCACUGACUGUUAAUUCUUCCACCUCCCCUUUGUCAUCACCAACGCAGGUUAGUUGUAAAACGUUAUAUAGCUCCCAGAUACAAUCUACAAGUUCCCCAACAUCACUGAAAAUGCUCCCAUCACAACAUUCUUCUGAACAUGCUUCACAGAUGGUUCAACAUUUUGAAAAUGUAACUGGCGGUAUUGGCACAGGGGCCACAACAACACACAGUCGUGGAUCAAUGGAAAAUAUAUCUCUAUGUAAAAUCUCAAAUGUUGUGAAUCAGGGCCAAACAAAUCUAAGCAGUAAUGUUGUGGAUCUGAGAGCCCCAAUGAGGCCUGCUCCAAUCAUAAUGACAGAUCAGGGGAUGGACCUAACAUCUCUUGCCUCUGACACAAGAAGAUACUCUUUAGGAACAGAGCAGCCAUCUGGUCGUCACACAGCAGUGCAACCUCUUAUUAUGAACCUCAAUGCCCAAGAGCAACCUCAUGUAUCUGUAUCUACACCAACCACAGUUAGUGUCACAGUUGCAGCAUCAACAUUUAUGUCCUCAUCCAAGCAGCCAGUAGUGUAUGGAGAUCCUUUGCAAAACCGUGUGGAUCUGGGGCAGGGGGUUGGAUCAGCUGUGUGUUUAACACAGAGUAAACCACAGAUCAGUGACCCAUCUAUUCCCAAAAUUGAUGCCUGUCUGGAGAACCUAGGUAUACAACAGCAACAAUUGCAGUUACAGCAGCAGAAGCUCCUGCAACAGCAACAACUUCUUGAGCAGCAGCUCCAGCAACACCAACAGCAAUCGUCUUUUGCUCGUUACAAUUUAGCUAAUCAGGUUCAGCCACUGCUCAUGAAAAAAGACCUUGUAGUGAGCCAGCCAAACACUACCGUGUCUACAGUGACUGCUAGUGCCAUACCUAGAGUAUCCCCACUGGCUCCUCCAUCUCUGUCUGGGGCACCCGUUUCUAAUGUUCCCAAUGAAAUAUAUGGAGGAAUUGCAUUAGAGCUACAAAACAAGCCAACAGUAAUAAACCUGUCCUCAGGUAAACCUCAUGUUAUGAUGGUGCAACUUGAUGAAAGUAACACAUCACACGGGAGCACAGUGACUCAGCUGGUAAAGCAAGAGGAACCUCCUCCCUCUCCACAGAUCUUGGAUCUCACAGGACAGAUCAAACCAGAAAACCAGGUUGCUUGUUGUGAUGUUGUUUACAAAUUGCCCUUUGCAGGUUCCUGUUCUGGGUCAUUCAGUCAGAAGCCUGCUACAGUAUCCUCAGAUAAAAACCCUAACACUGAAACACCACAAUCAUCCCAUCCUCCCCAUCCACCAAACUUCAAUGCCAGCCAACAAAAACAACACCCACCUCAAGUCACACAAGAAGUGAAAGAGGAAAAUAAACCUUAUCAACCACCCAUAGUCCCCUUCGGAAGGAUACAACCCUCAAUGUCUGAUAAUAAUCUCCCCUCCAUGACUGAUGCUGGUCACUACCCAAGCAAUGUCCAGGGAGGUCUUGCAGUAGAUCUUAGUAGCAUGAGUCAGGCUUAUGAUGGUGGAUAUCUUGGUGUGGGAGCACAGUACGGAUCUUACACAGACUUGCGUCACCAAGGAGACCUUCCUGGCCCCUCAUUACCCCUUCGGCGAUACGGCUCAAUGUCAAAUAUCAAUUCUGACUAUGCCUUUAGUUCACGUGACAUAACAGGAUCACAUGACCCCAAUCUGGCACAGUACAGUGCAACCACUGCCAGAGAGAUCAGUCGCAUGUGUGCAGCACUAAACACAGUGGACCACUUUGGGAGCCGCUAUGGAAGUAACCAUGAACUGGUACCAUAUGGGGCUGGAAGGAAUGCACCUUUAGGUAGGCUUAAUCUCCAGCAAAGCUUAGCAUCAAUAAGAGCAAAUCUACUGUAUGGCCCAGAUGGAAGACCAACAGCAAAUGGCCAAACCCUAACUAACCUAAUAAAUGCCAGACAAGCAAGUAUACGGGCCAUGUACCCUGCUGCUAUGAGGGGAGGUGAUGGCAUGAUAUAUUCCACAAUAAACACUCCUAUAGCAUCGACUUUGCCAAUUACCACCCAGCCUGCCCCUGUAAUGCGUCCUAUGCCUAGAGGAAUUUACAGACCAUACCCUACUGGUGUAACAGCUGUACCACUGGCUAGUCUUACCAGGUUGCCUCAAGUAACUCCAAGGAUGCCACUGUCCACACAGGGACAAUAUUCAUAUCCUCCUCCAAGCCAGUAUUCUACUUCAGUUUCACCAUCAGGGAGUGAGACUGCUACAAGUAGCUCACACCAGGAAAGUCCAGUGUAUCUUGGAAAGCCUUUAACAUCAGUUGCUCCCCAAACAACCAUUCCUCCAGCCCAACCUGCAGCACACUUAAGUGCACAAAAUCUACCACCACCUGGAAUGCAAACCACAGCAGAGCAGCAGACAGACCAUGCUCAGUGUGUUAGGUCUCUUUCUCAAGCCCAAAACCAACCACCAACUGCCCAACAAGUACAGUCUCAAAUGCAGCCACAGCAGUUACCUGCUCAAACUGAACCUUUAUCUUUGACUCAAACCCAAACUCAAGUUCAAUCCAUCAGUCAACCUCAACCAUUAGGUCUGCCACAGGGCCAGCCACAAGGGACAUCCCAAGUCACUGCCCUAGCACAGACUUCCAACCUCUCUCCUCCCAUGGAUGGACAGAAAGUUAAGGAGGAUGAGAGACUAAGUCAGCAACAAGAGCAUAUGCUGCAGCUAGAGCGUGAGAGGGUUGAACUGGAGAAAUUUAGGCAGCUGCGGCUACAAGAGGAGCUUGAAAGAGACCGUAUGGAGCUCCAGCGACACAGAGAAAAAGAACAAUUACUUGUUCAGCGUGAGAUUCACGAACUUCAGUCAAUCAAACAGCAGGUCCUACAGCAACAGCAAGCAGAGCGGGAGACACAGCUCAUUAUGCAAAGAGAACAACUGGCCCAGCAAAGAAUGCAGCUUGAACAAAUCCAGUCUCUUCAGCACCAACUCCAGCAGCAACUGGAGGAGCAGAAAAGGCAAAAGACAGCAGCAGUGGAGGCAGCAGCAGCUGUUGCUGCUGCAGAGGCAGCCGCAGCCUCUGCAGUAGUAGCAGCCGCAGCUACUACUGCCCAGAGUGCUAUACAAGGGGUAGUUGGGGCUCCUCAAGGGUUCAUUAUCUGUGACCAGAGCGGUAGAGUAAUUCAGCAAGAUGGUCAGAGUGUUCAAUUUUGGCAGGAUGGAAAAGUAGUUCAAGCUGUGGUUACUGCUCGACCUAUUCAGAGUUCUGCCUCUGAAAUGUCUUUGAGGACUAGUGACAAACAGGCAGAUUCCAAAAUUAUGAAAAAACAGAAUUCCAUGCCUCGGCUGAGGGAUGGCUCAGAGGAUGACUCUGUGAAAAGGAUUACAGACAGCUGUGUGCAAACAGAUGAUGAAGAUGGCGAGGACAGAUUCAUGAACAGGCGAAGGAGAACAAGGCGUAUUGCAGACUGCAGUGUGCAGACUGAUGAGGAGGACCAGGGAGAAUGGGAUCAGCAACCAGUGAGGCGCAGGCGAUCACGUGUAUCCAAGCACUCUGAAUCCAGUGGUGAGACUAAAUCAGAGGGCUCAUCUAAAGUAGCUUCUUCAAGUAUAGCUAUUCAGACCACAAAUGAUUCAUCAUGUCAGACAGAGCCUGACCAGCUUGGCAGGGUUUCACCUGCAAUCCACAUAACCAUGGCAGAGACCUCCAAGGUUGACCUAUUACAUUAUAUAGCUGCUCCUGAGAGGACCCAUAAGGGAGAGAGUCUGGCCUGCCAGACAGAGCCAGAGUCUCAUUCUCAGGGUGUGGUUGCACCUCAACUGAGUGUCCCUACCACUAUCAGUCCAUAUUCCACAAGUCUGCAUUUAGUAGGUGCAAAUACAUCAGAUCCAGCCUCUCCUAGACUCCAAGGAGUUGCUAAGUUUGAGAGGAGGAAGCCAGACCCCCUAGAAAUUGGCUACCAGCAACAACAAAGUGAAUCUCGCCAGCCCCCCAAAUCCCCCCAGGUGUUAUACUCCCCUGUAUCCCCAUUGUCUCCUCAUCGUAUGCUGGAGACCACAUUUGCCUCCCAGGAGAAACUCAACAAAGCACAUGUUACACCCCAGCAGAAGGCCUUCACUACUGAAUCACCCCAACGACACCAGUCUCUACCAAGACCCAUAAAAAGUGUGCAGCGUUCCAUGUCAGAUCCAAAGCCUCUCAGCCCCACAUCAGAGGACCCUGCCAAGAACAGGUUCUCACCAUAUCAUCAGCAAGCUCUCUCCAACAGUCAGCAGAUGGCCUCCCUGCAGCAGCAGCAGAACUCUCUGAUGAGGAAAGUAAAGAGGACUCUCCCCAGCCCCCCUCCAGAGGAAACACCGCACCCCAUUGUUACUCCAGCACAAAUGUACAGCUCUCCUGGCAUGCCACAGAGGGUCCUACCCAGACCCAACCAAGGUGUCACCAAGGCUGGCCUGCUGAGUGAACUGAAAGCUGUGGAACAAGAGUCGUCAAAGCUCCGUAAGCAGCAGGCUGAACUAGAGGAAGAAGAGAAAGAGAUUGAUGCCAAGCUGCGUUACUUGGAACUAGGCAUCACCCAACGCAAGGAGACAAUGGUGAAGGAUAGGGAGAGAAGAGAGUUGGCUUACCUGAGGUGUAUGGGUGAUGCUCGUGACUAUAUGUCAGACAGUGAGCUCAAUAAUCUCAGGAUGGCAGCUGCAACAGGAACCUUUGAUGCUAAUGGUCUACUGACAAGGCCCAGCACUGCACCACUGAGUCAGUUUACCAAUGACUUCAAUGUGGCCUCUCAGUAUCCCUCAUCCUCAUCUUAUAUGUCUUAUUCAUACCCUCAAAGUCAACCAUCAACACAGCAGCCAACCGCUGCUUACCAACAGAUAGGCUUCCAACCUCCUCCUUACCCUCCAUCUUCAGCUCCCCAGCCAGGAACUUUCCAGCCCCAUCCCCCACCAGGCCCUGGCUACCAGAACCAGGGGACAUAUCCCUCCCGCAUGUAUGCCCAGUCCUCGUACCAGACAGACAUGGGCAUGCAGCAGCAUAGUCAGCAGGGCUUUCAUCAGCCUGGUCAACCCAUGCCAGGCCAAAGUCUUCCCUACCCCAACCACAGCUCUUACCAACCUAGCCUCCCCUACCCGCCUCAGGCAGAGAUCCUUUCAGUCCAUCAAAGACCAAGACAAACGUCUCUAGCAGACCUUGAGCAAAAACUCCCCACCAAUUAUGAGGUCAUCAGCAACCCAGCAGUGUCAGUAGCAACAUCAGUUCCAGAUACCAACUUUGGCAAUGCAGUUUACAGCAAUGCAUAUGGCCAAUACCGCCCCCCCGAGCCUGGCCUGACUCACUCUGUUGACAGCCCCACCUCUGCUUAUGCUGCAGAUGGUCUCUACACCUCAAACCUGGAGCAAAAUAUUCCUAGGAACUAUGUGAUGAUUGAUGACAUCAGUGAGUUGACAAAAGACAACACUAACCAACCCACUGAUGCUUUAGGUCAUCCUGUAGGACGGUAUCGCACUGAGAAUGGCCCUGCUCGUGGUAGUUCUUAUGGUAGGCCUGAAGAUGAGCCUGUAGAUGCUUAUGGCAGACCUACAGGCUCAGCAGGUUACCAAAGUGCAGUAGAUAGCCGUGCCAGUACCACAGUGAGUGGAGGCUCUUCCUAUUACUAUGAUGAUUAUAAACACACAUCACGGAGCACCUCUAGUAGUCACAAACCCACAUCCAAGAAUCUUGCCCCUGCUGUAGUCUCCUCUAAACGUAGUAAGCACAGGAAGCAAGGAAUGGAACAGAAGAUUUCUAAAUUCUCCCCUAUUGAGGAAGCACGGGAUGUGGAGUCUGACCUUGCCUCUUAUACAAUGACAACAUCAACAGGAGGUAGCUGUACAGUUGUGUCCCGAUCCAAGAAGCUUCAGGAAGAUACUUAUGGGAUGAAGAAAAAUGCAUACGACCAGCAGAAAUAUUAUGGCACCAGUCGGGAGGGUCUUGAGGAAGAGGACCGCAUGUAUAGCUCUGGAAGGUCCAGGUCUACUGGGUAUGGUAUGGACAAGAUUUCCUCUAGAGAUGCCACAGGCCACAGGAGUAAAUCCUAUGAAAGAGAUGCAAUGGAGCGAUCUCAGAGAAGCAGUCGCAGUGGAAGGCCUCCAAUGCGCAGCCAAAAUUCAGAAGAGGAGAGCCCAAUCAGUCCUGUUGGAAUGCCUGUAGCAGAAGCACAUGAUGUGAGAAAUCAGUAUGGAUCCAGCCACUCACUGCCAGAUGUGCAGGACCACUUCAAGAAGGACCUGCCUAGGAGUCAUGUCUAUAAACCAGAUGACCCUUAUCUUGUAGAUGACAUGCAGUGUGCUGUUUCUGACAGUGAAGCCUAUCACCUUGGCCAAGAGGAAACUGACUGGUUUGAGAAGCCAAGGGAGGUCUGUGGUGAUCGCUCACGACAUCAUGGAAGUGGAAGUCAUUCAUCCACGGGUAGGCGUGGUAAGCACACCUACCAUGAUUAUGACGAACCUCCAGAGGAAUACGGUCACCAAGAUGAAUACAGUCAACACCGCCACUCAUCCUCUACACCGGCACGGGACCACCGUCACCAUGGUGGCAGCUCUGGCAGACAUGCCUCUUCUCGUCACUCCACAGAAGAUCCUAGGUCCUCCCGAUCUUCCAGGGCACACUCCAAAGACCCAUCUGUUCGCUCUGAUGGCAGAGGCUCCUCAUCUGCACAUAGAAGAACUGGUCCAGAUUCCCGCUCUGCCCAGGGAAGCCCACGGAACUCAGGAGACUUCUCUCGUGACACAUCCUCUGGUCAUCAUCAUGGUACUGGAGGAAGGAGCCAGAGACCCCAAGGAGAUCGCACAACCUCCAAGAGACAGGAUCCCUCUGCAGCAGGAAUGAAACCACAGCAACAGCAGCAACCACAGCAGCAGCCGCAGCAGCAGCAGCCGCAGCAGCAGCAGCAGGCCCUUCAGGGUGGUCAGCAGCGGCCAGGUAAUCAGAGUCAAUCUGGGAGACAUCCAGGCACUGAACCACUUAAUGGUACCCAACAAGCACAGCAGCAGAGCACACAACAGCAGCAACAACAGCAGCAGCAGCAGCAGCAACAACAACCACCGCAACACAGCCAGACCCUUCAGAGCAGCCAGCCAACCUCAACCACUACAGGAGCUGGACCUGCACAUCAGCAGCCCAAACCUGGCCAAACCCAGCCUCAGGGACGCCAGCCAGGAGUCGGGUCUGCAGCUGGACAACUGGCUACCACAGCGGCAAAAAUGGAUGCUCCACCAGCAGCAGCAGCAGCAGCUACAGGAAUGAAACCAUUAGCAGGAGUUCCGACAGCACCUCAGCCUACCAAAAUAGCUACACCUCCUCUAACUGGCAUCGGCUCCAAGGCCGCCCCUGUUGGAAUUGGUAGCAAACCUGGGGGUAUAGGCAGUGCGGCAGCAGGACAGGCACCUGCUGAGGGGGAUAAUGUCUUGACCAAAAUCCUGCAAGGAGGGGCUGCAGAGCAGGCUGGAAAACUGGGAGACGCUUUGUCUGGCCUCGGGAAGAAGUUCACUUCAUUUUGGUGAACUGUCUAGAGGGGUGGUAUGCACAGAUGAAAUAAGGAUUGGUAACUUAGUACUUGAAAAACCUAUGGAAUGGCAUUAAUUCAUUUCACAUUAUGGAGGAAGAGAAGUUACGGGUGCAUCAAACUGGAAUCAAAGGAAGCCUUGUCAGCACUGAAUUCCCCAAACAUGGACACAAGGAUGAAGUGAAUUAAACAAGAUUGCUUUGUCAGCACUGUGUUAGGAGACCUAAGCAGUGGCCUGAGGAGGUCUGAAAGUAGAUGGGUGCCUUGACAGAACACUAGUCCCAGGAUGAUGAUCGUGGAGAUGUCUGACACCUCAGUGGAGGACAACGGCGGUCAAUAAUGAGGAUGCAGUGGAACGGAGGAGAGUGGGGGGAAGGAGGAAUGCGAGUCCUGUUUCCCUUCUUCUCUAGUGAAGCUCUCCUGGGAAUCGCAUGACAGUAAAAGACCUGCUAAGUAAGGCACCUGGAUAUUAUGGGAGAAAUUCAGAGCGUAUGGCCAUUGCAUGUGUCUUCUUUCAAACAAUCCCAUCCAGGAAGUGUCAUAGCGCCCUCUACAUGAAUUUGAGUUGAACGCGACCUCCGCCUGAGGGCUGGCAAGGAUAUUUGAUUCUGCGUUGAUGCCUUCUGAGCCUUUUUGAGCAAAUCAUAAUAGGGAAAGUAAGAAGACAGAUUUCCAUAGGUUUUCCUUGCUCCAAAGAUACCAAUCACAGCCCAUAAUGACACUGCAUACCCUGAGAAAGACGAGGUGUAACACGGUAAUGACAACCAACCUGACGACUCCAACACAAUCCUCUGGUCUCUACAGUACAUUCCAGUUUAGGGAAUUUGACCCUUUCUCUGAAUGUGUUUCUCUUUUUUGUUUUGUUUUGAUGUCUACAGAAUGAAUUGUGAAA